CACUGGAACAAGGAGACGUAAUCUGAAGCUACAUAUUGUGGUUGGAAUUGCUGGGCGGGGAGCAAAGUAACAUUCACACAGUUGGAAGGAACGAGUCAGGAAGGAUCAUGGGUUUUAUGCCAAGUCUCUCCCCUGGCACCUGGAUAUUGCUUGCUAUCCUGUUGCUGUUAUUUUUACUUUAUGGAAUAUAUCCUUAUGGCAUAUUUAAGAAGUUGGGAAUUCCUGGACCCAGGCCCUUACCAUUUAUUGGAACAUUUCUGGGGUUUAGAAAAGGUGUAGUUCAAUUUGAUAUGGAAUGCUUCAAGAAAUAUGGAAAAUUGUGGGGACUGUAUGACGGCAGACAACCAGUGCUUGCAAUUCUAGAUCCAGUUAUUAUUAAGGCCAUUUUGGUGAAAGAGUGUUACACUAACUUCACCAACAGAAGGAAUUUUGGUCUUAAUGGUCCCCUAGACUCCGCAAUAACAAUUGCUGAGGAUGAGCAAUGGAAGAGGAUUCGCACAGUUCUCUCACCUACAUUCACCAGUGGGAAACUCAAAGAGAUGUUUCAGAUCAUGAGCCACUAUUCAAAAACACUGGUGCGGAAUAUCCAGGUUUACGUGGACAAGGAUGAGCCAUGUGCCAUGAAAGAUGUGUUAGGCGCAUACAGUAUGGAUGUUGUAACCAGUAGCUCGUUUAGUGUGAACAUUGACUCGUUGAACAACCCUAGCGAUCCUUUUGUUACCCAAACCAAGAAACUGCUAAAAGUUGGAUUAUUUAGUCCAGCUCUCAUAUUUGUUGUGAUUUUCCCAUUCCUCCGCCCUAUUCUUGAGGUGCUAAAUGUGAACUUCCUUCCAAAAGACUUUGUGAAUUUCUAUAUCAAUGCUGUUACUAGUUUUAAAGAGAAAAGACAGGCAGAAGACCACAAAGGCCGUGUGGAUUUCAUGCAGCUUAUGUUGGAUUCCAGAGUGGAAGAUGCCAGUGGCUUGAACAAGGAUCAAAAAGCUCUAACAGAUACAGAGAUUAUGGCUCAGUCCGUUAUUUUUAUAGUGGCUGGAUUUGAGACCACAAGUUUGACAUUAACAUAUCUGUUUUAUAAUCUGGCCACCCACCCUGAUGUUCAGAGGAAACUUCAGGAGGAGGUUGACACAUAUCUACCUGAUAAGGCCAGCCCUACAUAUGACAUAUUGAUGCAGAUGGAAUACCUGGAUAUGGUUAUCCAGGAGACUCUCCGUAUGUACCCUCCAGCUGGAAGAUUAGAGAGGGUUUCAAAGCAAACUGUUGAGAUUAAUGGUCUCACCAUACCAAAGGGGACAGUCUGCAUGAUUCCAGCAUACGUGCUGCACCAUGACCCUGAAUUCUGGCCUAAACCUGAAGAAUUCCACCCUGAGAGAUUCAGUAAAGAAAAUAGAGCAAACCACACACCAUACACCUUUCUGCCCUUUGGAGAUGGACCGAGGAACUGCAUAGGGAUGAGAUUUGCUAUGUUGAGUAUGAAAGUAGCCAUUACUGCCAUCCUCCAGAACUUCACUUGUCGACCAUGUAAAGACACAUUGAUCCCAAUGGAGUUCAGCACUCAAGGUUUCAUGCAGCCGAAGAAACCAAUUAUUCUACAAUUUGUGUCCCGGACAACAGCUGACGAGUGAGCACCAGGAUACAGACGAGUGCAGAAUAUGUAGUCUAGGCUACUCAUGUAUAUUUUGUGAUUUUACAAACUUUAAAAUGUAAUGUGAGUCAAAUUUUAAUGUUUAAAAUCGAUUAAAGGGGUUGUGCCAAGAAAAAUAUUAUACAUUUUUCAAACCAG